AUGCCCUCUGCUCGCCUAGUGUACGUGCUGUCUCCGGCCAAGACACUGGACCUGUCGGCCUCGCGCGUCUCGCAAUGUUCGCAGCCGCGUCUGCUCUCGGACGCGCACGAGUUGAUCGAGCAGCUACAGAAGCUUUCGCAGGCCAAAGUCAAGUCCUUAUUAGGAGUGAGUGACGCACUGGCCAAACUCAAUUUCGACAGAUUCCGAGCGUUCGACGUAUCAAAGACGGCAACAGAGGCGACAAACCCUAGGGAAACCCUAAAACAAGCAGCGCUGGCGUUCAAUGGCCCAGCAUAUCAGGGUUUGGAGGCUCAUAACCUGUCGGAAUCAGACCUCGAGUUCGCCCAGACCCACCUCCGAAUCUUGUGUGGUCUCUAUGGAGUCCUACGACCACUGGACUUGAUCCAACCGUAUCGACUGGAAAUGGGUCAAAAGUUCGAGAACAAAAGAGGAAAAGACCUAUACGAGUUUUGGGGAAACACCAUUGUGUCCGAGUUGGAGGCUCUCUUCAAGGAAGAAGAGGCCAAAGAGGACAUCAAGUUGCCAAGGGUGCUGGUCAAUGUGGCUUCGCAGGAGUAUUUCAAGAGUUUGCCGUCUUCGGCACUGAAAGAAGCAGGCAUUUCAGUGGUCGACUGUGUGUUUAAAGACGACGGCAAGAUCAAGUCUGUGUAUGCUAAACGUGCCCGAGGCCUAAUGUGCAGAUACCUGAUCCAGCAACGUGUGGACUCGCUGGAGGGCAUUACCGGUUUCGAUUUGGAAGGGUACAAGUAUUCAAGUUCGGCGUCCAGUGACGAUAUGUUCGUGUUCACUCGUACGGCGUCGGAGCAGAAGGCAGCACUGCAGAAGAUAAGGGAGAAGGCAGCGAAGACCAAGACGAAGACAAGUCCAAAAGCGAAACGUGAAGAUUUGAAGAAGUCUGAAGUUGUGGCGCAAAGUGAGAACGACGGGGAGGAGCGUCAACUACGUCGCUCGACGCGUAAGAAACGCAAGACGGUUUGA